AUGGCCGGCGACGGUGCCGGAGAUGCCGGGGUGCAGCUCUUUGACAUUGAGGCGUUCAGCUACCGCUCUUUUUUUUUGGGCGGCCUUUUGGUGGCAUGUUUGACCAGCGAAGGCUUCUCGUUGAGGGUGGAUCCUGCGAUGCUGGGACGCGAGGUCUACCUGCGGAUCUCCCAGAGAUUGCUUCCGAGGGCCGGUGCCAAGCUGCUGAUCGCCUCCGCGCCGGCGGAGCGGCUUCAGAUGCGCCAGAGUCUGCAGCAGCAGGGCAUUGUGACUUGGACAUGGGCGCCACGGAGCCACAGACCAGGGUCAUGUUUUUAA